UAAAAAAAAACUUUGCGCACGCUGAUCCGGUGCCCGGCCGAUCUCGGCGUCCGGCUCAACGCAAAACACUCGCGGUCUCGCGGACCUGAAGAAACCCUAGAGAAAACCCCGAAGCACGAGAUGGCCCCAGGCGGUGAGGGCAAGCCGAACCCGAGCGGCGGCGCCAAGGGUGUGAGGAAGCGCAAGUUUCUCCCCCACGGGAAGCCGGUACGGAAGGGCGCGUAUCCGUUGCGCCCCGGCGUGCAGGGCUUCUUCAUCACCUGCGACCGCGGCCGCGAGCGCCAGGCCACCCGAGAGGCCAUCUCCCUCCUCGACUCCUUCUAUGAAGACCUAGUGGAUGGGAAAGGAUCGGGUGAGAUGUCCAAAAACAUUCCUGACAAACCACUGAACAAAAAGAUAAAGUUUGAGGACUCUGAUUCCUCAGAUGAUGAGGAUGAAGACCAUUCUGGUGAGGAAGCCAAUAAUGGGAAUGCCACGGAGAAAGGGGAAACCACACCAUCUGAGCAGCAACAAGAGGAGCUUGGUACCUCUGGAAUUGUCACCAAGGACAACGAGGAACAAGUAGACAAUGCCAAUGAAUCAAAACCAAAGAAGCCGCGUGUAGAAGAUUCUCCAGUUUCUGAACAGACAGAACAAAAAGAGUCCACUGAUAAACCAAAGGAGUCUGCUGAUAAACCAAAAGAGUCCAAUGACAAAAACAUUGAUGAUUUAAUUGAUGAGGACUUGAAAGAACUAGGGGACAGGAAAAAGAGGCUCUUUGCAAGCCUUGAUUCAGGUUGCAAUGCUUGUAUUUUCAUUCAAAUGCACAAAAGAGCUGGAGACCCUGGUCCAGCUGAGAUCGUACAAAACAUGAUGUCAUCCGCUGCUUCAACUCGUAAACAUAUGUCGAGAUUUAUUCUGAGGUUUUUGCCUGCUGAGGUGGCAUGUUAUGCAUCAGAGGAGGAAAUAACAAGAGCAAUUGGUCCCCUUGUUGAAAAGUACUUCCCAAAAGAAUGCCCUUCGGGGCAUAAGUUUGCUGUGUUAUAUGAAGCUAGAUCAAACACCGGAAUCGAUAGAAUGAAAAUCAUAAAUGCAGUAGCGAAAUCUGUACCUCAGCCUCACAAAGUUGACCUGAACAAGCCAGACAAGACUAUCAUUGUCCAGAUUGCAAAGACCAUAUGCCUGAUUGGAGUCGUUGAAAGAUACAAAGAGCUCGCGAAGUUCAACCUAAGGCAGCUGACCUCAUCAGAAAGAGCGGAAGAUAUAGCGGUAAAUGCCUGAUUUCAGGGCAACCGAAAGAGCGGCCGAUCUAGCUGCUGACCAUGCUUAUGGUUCACACAGGCUCACCAACGAUGUAAAAUCUAUUUUUGGCAGCUUAUUUUUCUGAACUUUUUCUAAAGGACUAUUUUUGAACGUGGAGAGCUACUGUGAUCAGUUGAAUAGAUUUGGUGCAAAGCUCUGGCAUCUACAUGGGAUGCAUGCUUUUUCGCCAUGUUAUGCUUUGUUGGCCUUGUUGAAACAUGAAGGUUAAACUCAAAGCCUGGAAUUCUUAAUUUGAGAAGUGACCAUUUUUCGUUCA